AGAUAGGCAACAUGCUGUUCUCAACCUAAAGCCAAAGUUAUAAAAUGGUUAGGAAACGACUACUGUAAAAACAUGUUACGACAGUAAUUAUGCUCUUUUUAAGAAAUUGCAAGAACUUUUUAAUCCGACGAGAAUUUAAUCGUACUUUGCUGCGCCUUUCCCCGCUACUCUAUAGCAGCACUGACUGUAACAUACCACCGAAAGAUGAAGCAAAACCUCAUCGCCGAAGAUUGCUCGAUGGCCCUAAUCUUAAAGACUUUUUCAAGACUGAACACCUUCAAAACGUCGACCACUUGGACGAGAAUGAGAUAAUACCCUAUCUAAAAUCUUCUGUAACGUUAGGCAAGGCAAGAAAAGUGUACUUUGAGAUCUAUGGAUGUCAGAUGAAUCAGAAUGACACUGAGAUUAUUUGGUCCAUUUUGAAAUCAGUUGGUUAUAUUAAAACAAAUAAUUUAAAACAUGCAGAUGUCAUAUUGAUUAUCACAUGCUCAAUCAGAGAAGGUGCUGAACAAAAGAUAUGGAACAGAUUAGACUACAUCAAAGGGCUGACAAAGAAGAUCCAGAAAGAUGUGAAAAUUGGAAUUCUUGGAUGCAUGGCAGAGAGAUUGAAGCACAGAGUGCUGGAGAUUGACAAGAGUGUUGACCUUGUUGCUGGUCCGGAUAGUUAUAAAGAUUUACCGCGCCUGCUUGCUUUAGCUGAAGAUAAUGAGGUUGCCAUUAAUGUUAUGUUAUCUUGGGAUGAAACCUAUGCUGAUGUGAUGCCAGUUCGAUUAAAUGCCGACAGCAAAACGGCAUUUGUAUCAAUUAUGAGAGGAUGUGAAAACAUGUGCACUUAUUGCAUUGUGCCUUUCACACGUGGAAAGGAACGCUCACGCCCGACACAGUCAAUAAUCGACGAGAUUAAACAUCUGCGCGACGCUGGCAUCAAGGAAAUAACUUUGUUGGGUCAAAAUGUGAACAGUUAUAGGGAUUUAUCAGAGGAUGUUAACCAUGGAACGCCUACAAAUAUGGCGAAAGGGUUCAAAACUGUUUAUAAGCUGAAAGAGAGUGGAUUACGAUUUGCAGAUCUGCUGCAUCAAGUGGCUUCUGUCGAUCCUGAAAUCCGCAUACGUUUUACUAGUCCACACCCAAAGGACUUCCCGGAUGAAGUGCUCGAAGCUAUCCGUUCGUCUCCAAACAUCUGUAAAAGUCUACAUUUGCCUGCGCAGAGCGGUAAUUCCCAGGUGCUAGAGCGCAUGCGCAGGGGUUACACUCGCGAGGCUUAUGUAGAGUUAGUGGAUCAUGUACGCGCUGUCAUACCUGAUGUUGCUCUGAGCAGUGAUUUCAUCGCCGGGUUUUGUGGGGAGACAGAAGAAGAGUUCGAGGACACAUUGAGUCUCAUCCAUUACGUCAAGUUCAGUAACGCAUACUUGUUCCAAUACAGCAUGCGCGAAAAGACAACUGCGCAUCGAAGACUCGAGGACAACGUUCCGCUUGCUGUCAAACUAGAUCGCCUCACGCGCAUGGUCCACGCAUACCGAACCGAGGUGGCUGCGCUAAAUCAAGCACAAAUAGGCGCAUCGCACCUCGUGUUGAUCGAAGGGCGCAGCAAGCGCUCCGAGAACUUUCUUGCGGGUCGCAACGAUCACAACGUGAAAGUAAUCAUACCUGCCGGCGAAGUCGGCGACGCAACCGAUGGCAAUCUCGCGCCCAUCCGCCCGGGCGAUUACAUCGCGGUACAAAUCAACGCUUCCACCUCCCAGGUCCUGAAGGGUAUACCAUUGUACAGGACAACGCUUUCUGACUAUCAUGCAGCGAAAGCGUCUCCUUACGAGUAUCACGUACACAUGCAAAAUACAUAAAUAUAGAAUUUAUUCUGUCGAGUUAAA